AUAUCAUCAUUCUUUCAAUGUUUGUUUGUCAAACCAACUCAUCUUUGAAUAAAACUAAUCAUAUGCCAAAAUGUUACAUUUAUUUUAUAUUUUCCAAUACGUGCUAGCGGUGGGCGCCAUGUCAACUGGUGGAGUACACCGACUAGAUUUCGAAGUCGUAACUCGGGAUUCAUCGGCCCAGCCCGAACCAUUAAUGAAACAAAACAUGUUGAACGAUAAGAACAUGUAUCUUGCUCGAUUCUUCAUCGGAUCAAACCGAGAUGAAGUGAAACUUCAAGUUGACACUAGCUGUGCUGAUUUUUGGGUAAUGGGAUCGGGAGUAGAUUGCCUACCUCAUAUACCUAGACGCGCCCAAUAUGACAUUUGGACACGAUGCAGUUGUGAAGAUAUUGCUGCACCCACACAGAUGGUGGAGAGCUCAUGCAUAAGCCAGGGAAGUUUCCGGUUUAACGAUUCAACUACAUUUGAACGUCACGAUAAGGAGUAUUAUCAAGAAAAUCAUUUAACUAGAGGAAAGACCGCGCAAGGAUUUUGGGGAUUAGAUGAUGUAUCGUUUGCCAAUAAAUCAAUAAGAAUUCCGUUUGGAGUCGUGAACGAAACCAAUUUGGAUGAAGGAAUACUAGGACUUGGGUUCCCUGAGGAAAACGGCAAUUUAAGUUUUCCUUACGAACUAAAGAAAAAUGGCUUAAUUGACCGUGCGGCAUAUUCCCUUUACUUUAACUCAACAAAUGCAUCAUUUGGUUCGCUUCUAUUCGGAGGUAUAGAUCAUGCAAAAUAUAGCGGAAAUUUAAAGUCAAUUGCAGCAGUGCACAACCAAACAAUAAGUUAUAUUGCAGUUGAUGUCAACCGAAUACUAAUGACUAUGAAUAAUACCACUACUGUAGUAAUUGGAAACAAGAAAACUACAUUCAUGUUGGAUACUUCUUCCUCAUUGUCUCGAUUCCCCAUGGCAGUGUUAAACACAAUGGCUGACGCCCUUGGAGGUAGGGUAUACAAGGAAACAAAUGAUUUAAUCGUGCAACGAUGUCCUGAUACUUUAGAAUUCAAUAUUGACUUUGACGGGCAGCUUAUUCUGAUUCCUGGUGAAGCAUUUAUGUAUAAAAGUAUAGGAGACCAUUGUUUAAUUAGGAUUCAAGUUGAUGACUUGACACCAGCAAUCGGACAGGACUUAUUAAGAAGCAUGUAUGUUGUUGUGGAUUUAGAGCAAGAGGAAGUUUCUGUAGCAGAAGCAAAAUUUACCCAAGAUUAUGAAAUUGAAUUAUUGCCACCUGUUGGUAAAAAUAGAUCCUAUUCGGUCGAGUUCACUGGUACUGAAAGGGAAGAAUCAGCAAGUCAUUCAAAUUCAGUCGAGAUUUUAAUAGCCGGUUUGAUGUGGUUGGCACUAUUAGUUGUAAUAUAGAUAUUUCCACCAAGUGCUUGCUUUUGGCCAAUAAAUUAACAAUAUUCCGAGAUAUCAAUAGAGUUAUUGUUCUUAUUGCAUCCACAUUUGCUCCAUUUUGGCUUGUGAUAAUGCAUGUUGCAAUCCUUUAUUACUUGAGUGCUAAUUGAGCUUGCAUAAUGAGCUCUCAAAAAGCAAUACUAGUUGUUGAGCCAUUGAUUCCAUAUCAUUGAACUAAUCUCAGUUUGCUUCAACAACAAUGGUUGACAACGGCGAUCUUUCUCAAAACAAUAGUGCUGUUUCAGCAAUCAUAGCUGAGCCACACUGACACUUAUCCAGAAAAUAAAAUCCAGAUACCACUUCAGCAUAUUCAAAUCAUCAAAAUAGAAAAUUCUUUUGUAGUAUACAAGCUUUAAUCGUUUUUAUUUUUAAUGUUAUAGACCACUAGUGAUCUCGGCUAA